AUGACAACAUAUGAGAAAAUUGUCAAGGGUGCUACUAAGGUCAAAGUAGCAGCCCCAAAACCAAAAUAUAUUGAACCGAUUCUAAUGAGUACCCUGAUAGAUCAUUCGGUAGAAGCAGAGAAUUUCGUUACUAUAAUGAAAGCGUUACGAGGUAGACUUCAAGACAGUGCGUGGUCGGUUGUAUAUAAGCUGUUGAUUGUAAUUCACAUAAUGAUUAGGGAAGGUGAUCGAGAUGUUACGUUGAAUUAUCUCGUUAAUAAGGAUCCUAAUAUGCUUAAUUUAUCCCACUCAAGCAUUACCAAAAACCACAACCAUAACCCUGACGUUCGAUUCAUUGUGAAAUAUGCUAAAUAUUUGCAUACAAGGGUCAAGCAGUAUGAAUCGACAGGAAUUGACUAUGUGAGAGAUGAACGUGCUAAUAAUAGCACUGGACAAGAUGGGGGGAGGUUGCGUACGUUGACAAUUGAAAAGGGCUUAUUAAGAGAAUGUGAGAGUGUUCAGAGACAAAUAGAUGCAUUAUUGAAAAAUAACUUCAUGGAAAAUGAGAUUAAUAACGAUAUUGUUUUAACCGCAUUUAGGAUGUUAGUCAAUGACUUAUUAGCGUUGUUUCAAGAAUUAAACGAAGGUGUGAUUAAUAUCUUGGAACAUUAUUUUGAGACUUCAAAGGUUGAUGCCGAAAGGGCACUCAGAAUUUAUAAGAAGUUUGUAGAUCAGACCAAAUAUGUUAUUGAUUAUUUGAGAGUUGCCAAGCACCUUGAGUAUGCAACAAAACUACAUGUUCCAACAAUCAAGCACGCACCAACUGCAUUAACUUCAUCUUUAGAGGAGUAUUUAGAUGAUCCAAACUUUGAAGUGAACAGACGACAAUACUUGGCUGGAAAACUGACGGAAGGAAAGGAGAAUACUGACGGUUUUCCUGUGCAACAGCUGCAGCCACAACAAAAUGACCCAAUACAAGAUGUUCAAUCUCCUCCAUAUCAAACCCAGCAACAAGCUCAAGCUCAACAUCAUGUUCAACCACAACAAGUAGCUAGUCCAGGUUUACAAAGAACUAAUUCAUUAAUUGUUCAACAAUCUACAUUUAAUCCUUGGGGCUCAAACUUGCAACCACAACAGGUGCAGAUGUUACCACAAGGUACAUUACCUCCUGGCUCUUCAUUUGUCACAUUACCGGCAAUUUCGCAAGGUCAGGCAUAUCAACAUAAUGGUAUUCAACAGCAAUCUCUGCAACAACAAAAUGGUUUAACCUCUACAUUUACCGGCGCCGGUUUUGGUGGUUAUGGAUCCCAACUUCAACUGCAAACAACAGGUGGAAAUCCCUUCUUGCAAAAUGCUGUGACAGGCCCCACACAAAGUUUUGAUAAUUUCGCUUCUCAGCAACAACAACAACAACAGCAGCAGCAACAACUCCAGCAACAACAACAACAACAACAACAACAACAACAACAACAACAACAACAACAACAACAACAACAACAACAACAACUUCAACAAAGUAUGCAUUCUGGAAUAUCAAGGGCCGAUACUAAUCCAUUUUCGAAUUCAGGUUCGUCUAUGGCAAAUCAACAAUUAAAUUCCAUGAACACUGGUUCGAAUCCAUUUUUCAAUACCAGAUUUUCGCAAAACAGUUCUACUACGCCAUUAUCAUUCGCGAAUGACAAACCACAACAAGUUACAAGUACUGCUACAGGAUCUAACCCAUUCAAAGUAUCUGAAACAACAACUAAUCUUUUUAAUAAUGUCAGCAAUGGACCACAACCGCAAUUGAAGCCACAACCAACUGCCGGUGGGUUGGAAAACUUACCUACUGUUCCCGUUUUUCCAGACACUCAACAAGAGUCUCAAAAACAAUACUACUUGAAUAACGCAAGAAUGGAACUACAACAACAAAUGACUAAUAAUCAGCAAUUUCCUCAACAACCAUCCCAACAACAGCCUCAGCAGCAGCAAUGGAAUCAACCACAUCAAUUUCAACAAAUGCAACCUCAAUAUACACAAAACUAUCAGCAGCCACAACAGGCAUCGAUGUACAAUAAUACUUAUGAAGGACCAAGUUUAAUCUAA